AUGCGCUCCGUGAUCGACAUCUGCCAGGAGGUCAUCAAGCAGUCCAAUGUGCAGAUCCUGGUGCCCCCCACGCGUCCCGACAUCAUGCUCUUCCGUCCGGGGGCUGCCGACCUUGGCUUCCCUCUUGACAUGACCAACGGUGCCGCUUUGGCGCCCAAUGGCAACGGCAUCGCCGGCAUGCCUGAAGAUGAGGCCACGCGGGCUGCGCUCACCGCUGCGCAGUCCUCCCUGCCUGUUCUGCAGGGCGUGGACCGCCUGCCCAUGGUGGCAGGACCUCUGUCCCCACCGCUGCUGGCCUCGCCCUUCCAGAACGUUGCCGCUAGUGCCCCCACUUUAGGCACCAAGAGGGGCAGAGGGCGUCCCCGUAAAGCAAAUCUCUUGGACUCCAUGAUGUUUGGUACCCCGGGAGGCCUGCGAGAGGCUGGUAUCCUGCCUUGUGGUCUCUGUGGGAAAGUAUUUACGGAUGCUAAUCGUCUUCGUCAGCAUGAGGCUCAACAUGGGGUGACAAGCUUACAGCUGGGAUACAUAGACAUCCCACCCCCAAGACUGGGUGAAAAUGGUAUCCCUGGUCAGGAUGACCCCGAUGCGCCCCGAAAAAGAAGCAGGACGAGGAAACAGGUGGCCUGUGAAAUCUGUGGCAAGAUUUUUCGGGAUGUGUACCACCUGAAUCGGCACAAGCUGUCACACUCUGGCGAGAAGCCUUACUCUUGUCCAGUGUGUGGCUUACGGUUCAAGCGGAAAGACAGGAUGUCCUAUCACGUUCGAUCUCACGAUGGCUCUGUGGGAAAGCCCUACAUCUGCCAGAGCUGUGGAAAAGGCUUUUCCAGGCCAGACCACUUGAAUGGACACAUCAAACAGGUGCAUACCUCAGAGAGACCUCACAAGUGUCAGGAAAAUGGCAGCCACCAUGGAGUAAGCUCAGAGACAUCCACAUCCAUAGAAAAGUUGAAACUUCAAGAGACUUGUAAUGCUUCCUUUGCCACUCGUGACCGACUGCGCUCACACCUGGCAUGUCAUGAAGACAAAGUUCCGUGCCAGGUGUGUGGGAAGUACUUGCGAGCCGCAUAUAUGGCAGAUCAUUUGAAGAAACAUAGUGAAGGACCAAGCAAUUUCUGCACUAUCUGUAACCGAGGUUUCUCCUCUGCCUCCUACUUAAAGGUCCAUGUUAAAACCCACCACGGUGUUCCCCUUCCCCAGGUCUCCAGGCACCAGGAGUCCAUCCCGAAUGGGGGAGCAGCGUUCCACUGCGUCAGGACCUAUGGCAUCAAAGGCCAGAAAUGUUCACAUUCGGACCCGAUUGAGAGUUCUGAUUCGUACGGAGACCUCUCUGACACCAGUGACCUCAAGACUCCUGAGAAACAGAGCACAAAUGGGUCCUUCUCGUGCGACAUGGCAGUCAGCAAAAACAAAAUGGAGACGGAAGGAGAAAAGAAGUACCCGUGCCCUGAAUGUGGCAGCUUUUUCAGAUCAAAGUCUUAUCUGAACAAACACAUACAGAAAGUUCACGUCAGAGCCCUUGGUGGCCCAUUGGGGGAUCUCGGUCCUGCUCUAGGAUCCCCCUUUUCACCCCAACAGAACAUGUCUCUCCUGGAGUCAUUUGGGUUUCAGAUCGUCCAGUCGGCAUUUGCAUCAUCCCUAGUGGAUCCAGAGGUCGACCAGCAACCAAUGGGGCCAGAGGGGAAAUGA